AUGAGGCGUCAAGUGGAGGAGAUGUUCUAUCAUGCAUACGACGGCUACAAGCGAUUCGCCUUUCCUCAAGACGAGCUGAGACCUCUCAGCUGUUCUGGGUCCAACCCCUAUGGUGGCAUGGCAAUGACGCUCAUGGAGAGCCUAGGCACGCUGCUGCUGCUGGGCAAUGUAUCAGAGUUCAACUGGGGCGUGGAGUACCUUUCACAGCAUCUCUCCUUCGACCUAGACAUACGCGUAAACGUGUUUGAGGCCAACAUAAGGGCGCUAGGGAGUCUCUUAUCCGCCCACAUACUUAUCCUGCAAAGCCGGGACCCCACGCUGCCACCUGUCCAUCCCUCAUUGGCCGGCGUGCACCUGGCACCUGGGUACAAAGGCCGUCUGCUGGAGCUGGCUAUUGAUCUGGGCUUCAGGCUGCUCCCUGCCUUCUCAUCAGGCACACCCAUCCCCUACGCGUGGGUGAACCUGCGGAGGGGAGUUCUGCCAGACGACGUCACUCAUACAUGCACUGCUGGCGCCGGCACUCUGCUGCUGGAGUUCAGUGCGCUCUCAAACCUUUCCGGAAUUCCCCUUUUCCAGGUGUAUUCAGGUGCAAUGCGGUACAUGGCGGUGCGGGGGGAGUCCAUGGUGCGCUGGCUGCUAGACGUGGGCAUAGACAACGGGCACCUGGGCCGGCACUAUGCCUCUUCCCUCCAGGCGUUCUGGCCUGCCAUGCAGGUAUGUCGAGAUGAUGCAUGCAGCGUUGGCGACGUGCAGACGCAUCGACUUGACGACCAUAUGGAGUCGUUUCUGCUCUCGGAAACACUUAAGUACCUCUACCUCCUCUUCUCCCCUCACGUCGACAUCGCCGCUCGGUUUGUUUUCUCCACUGAGGGUCAUCUGCUGUCGCUGAACCUUCCCAGAAUAUUCCGUGUCGUCUGCCCGUCCGAAGGCCACCCGGACACGUCGCCAGCUGGCGACUGCCGAGUGGCUCCUGCUGUUGCUGAUGUGGACGCUGAUGUGGACGCUGAUGUGGAUGCUGACGUGUCGCAAUCCUCCUCGCAGGCUCCGAACAAGGCACAGAAAUCCUUAGCUGAAUCACAAGGACCACAGUCACACCCCCUCUCGCCUGAGAAACAUCAACCUGCGGAGGAGCACGGGGGAAAGGGGUGGUAUGGUGCAUGGGAGGACGAGGAUGAGGAGAGUGGGGAGGGGGAAGGAGGAGAGGAGAAGGAGGGGGAGAAGGUGGAUGGGGAGAAAAGGAGGGGUGAGGUGGGGUACGGGAAGGAGGGAGAGGAUGGAGUUGUGAGUUUGAGAGAUGGAGGAGGGAGAGCAGGCGAAAAGGGAGAGGAGAAGUCUGGGAUGGAAAGUGUAGGGGUGGAGGGUGGAGGACUGAAGAGUGGUGUGAUGGUGAGUGGAGUGGCUGGUAAUGUGGAGGGGGAGAAAGUGCCAGCUAUAACGUCUGCUGUGCUAUUUCAUGGUGGAUGUUUCAUACGGCCCCUCCUGCUUCGCCUGGAACGCCCUCCCUGCAGCAUUCCCCUACCUUCAGGGUUUCCAAACCUUAACAGUGAACCUUUAUAUCCAGCACAAGGUGCCAGCAGCGGCCCCCUGUGUGGUGCGCCUGGUUAA